AUGGACCUGCCCCCGCAGCUCUCCUUCGCUCUCUACGCGGCCGCCUUUGCGCUGGGCUUCCCGCUCAACGCCCUGGCCAUUGGGGGCGCCGUGUCCCAUGCCCGGCUCCGCCUCACCCCCAGCCUUGUCUAUGCCCUCCACCUGGGCUGCUCUGACCUCCUGCUGGCAGCCUCUCUGCCCCUGAAGGCAGUGGAGGCCCUGGCCUUGGGCGCCUGGCCUCUGCCGGCCCCACUCUGUCCUGCCUUUGCCCUGGCCCACUUCGCUCCGCUCUAUGCUGGCGGGGGCUUCCUGGCUGCCCUGAGCGUCGGCCGCUACCUAGGGGCUGCCUUCCCCUUGGGCUACCAAGCGGCCCGGAGGCCGCGCUAUUCCUGGGGGGUGUGUGCGGCCAUAUGGGCCCUUGUCCUCUGUCACCUGGGGCUGGUGUUUGGGCUGGAGGCUCCGGGAGGCUGGAUGGACAAUACCACCAGCUCCCUGGGUAUCAACACACCAGUCAACGGCUCUCCAGUCUGCCUGGAGGCCUGGGACCCAGCCUCAGCGGGCCCUGCUCGCCUCAGCCUCUCUCUCCUGCUCUUCUUCCUGCCCCUGAGCAUUACAGUGUUCUGCUACGUGGGCUGCCUCCGGGCACUGGUCCGCUCAGGCCUGAGCCACAGACGGAAGCUAAGGGCAGCCUGGGUGGCUGGCGGGGCUCUGCUCACGCUGCUGCUCUGCUUAGGACCUUACAAUGCCUCCAAUGUGGCUGGCUUCCUGCACCCCGACAUGGGAGGCUACUGGCGGAAACUGGGGCUCAUCACAGGGGCUUGGAGUGUGGUGCUCAACCCGCUGGUGACUGGCUACUUGGGAGGGGGUGCUGGGCGGGUAACAAGUGUGGCAAGAACGAAAGGAGGGACAUCCCAGAAGUAGUAGCCACUGCUGGGGUGAAGGGGCAUGGAGCAGGAGAGCCUGGCUGCUUGUCCGGGCCCCUGGAGCCCGGAGCCAAAGGAACUGCAGGGCAGCCUGGCCUGGGAGCAUCCUUGGACCGGCUAUGGAAAGAACUGAGCCUGGCAGAAGACUGCAUCCCAGCUGGAGGGAAGAACGGAGGCCAGGG